AUCCACUUCGUAGUUUAUUUAAAGAAAAAAGAGAGAGACUCCCACAUCCACCAUUCCCCAACAUUUCCUUCCUCAAGAGGUUUGUUUUUCUUCACCCAAGAUGCUUCCCCUCCCACCUCCACCCCAACUCCAAAAGCAAACCACACCAGCCCCUCUCAACCAAAUACUCCUAUCAAAGCAAUCUAUAAUAAAGCCAGAUCUUGGCACCUGCAGAAAAUUAGAAAAGCAACCAAUACUCCGGCGACCUCGCCGGACCAACCCAGUUGUGUGGUGCUGCUCAGUUGUGUGCCUCCUGUUUAGCCUUCUUCUCAUCUUCUUUGGGGUUGCAACUUUGAUCAUUUUCAUUGACAUCAAACCAAGAAACCCGUCCUUCGACACCCCUGGUGCAAGCCUCGGCAGCAUCUACUUUGACUCGCCAGAGUACUUCAAUGGCGACUUUACCUUCAUCGCAAAUUUCUCCAACCCAAAUCGGAAAAUCACUGUGAGGUUUGAGUAUGUGGACAUACAGCUCUAUUUUCAUGACAAGCUCAUAGCAACUCAAGCACUUCAGCCUUUCACACAAAAGCCAGGAGAGACAAGAUUGGAAUCAGUUCACCUGAUUUCAAGCCUGGUUUAUCUGCCACAUAACAUUGCAGGAGAGCUUCAGAAGCAAGUGCAGAGCUACAGGGUAACGUAUUAUAUACAAGGAAACUUCAGAGUGAAAGCCUCUUUCGGUGUAACUCAUUUUUCUUAUUGGUUGCAUGGAAGAUGUCAACUAGAGAUGACUGGUCCACCAACUGGUACCCUGGUAACUCGAAGCUGCAAAACAAAGAGAUGAAAAUGCAAUUUCCAUUUUAUUUUCCUGUUAAUUCCCUCUGUCUGGAUAGAGAUCUGGAAGGCAUUUUUCAUAUACAAUUUGUCUCGUGUUAUAUACCCUGAAUACAGCAGAAUUCUUUGAAGGCUGUAAUGGUUCAAGAGAAGGGACUAAUUGUUAAACCUCAACUCCACUGUGGAGCCAUCGAUCUUUAUGACUUUA